AUGGUUGCGGCCUGGAAGGGUGCAAUUGGGGGGAUGGGUAACUUUGUUUUGGGGAAUAAUCAUUUUUGCCGUGAUACUGUUCCUCCUUCGACUGGUGUGGUCCAAAAUUCACCAAGCUGGGAAGAAAUCUACAUUGAGAAAGGAAAUGCGUCAGCCGGAGGCGAGACUAUGUUUCGAGACCCCGCCAGACUAAGUAAUGACGUAACUACAUACGAUACACGUGGACUAAUCGAUUUAUCCGAAAAAAAAGUUGAAGAUGUCAUAGCUGAAAUCACUGGUAAACGAGGACUCAACACCCGUUCUCAUGCUCCUGGAGAGAAGAUUGACUGUCCCAUUCUUAUUCUGAAAUACAGCCGAGCUACGGGAACAAAACACUGCACUGAAUUUCUAGAGUCACUUGUUCCUGAAGUCAGGAAACACCUUUGUGGAUAUCCUAUUAUGGUGGUGACUUUCGCCGACAGUAUCUCUAACCGCGAAGAGAUCCUUGGAGACAUCACCGGGGCCGGUAUAGAGAAGCGCAGUGUGUUCUUCAUAGAGAACUACACAAAUGUAAACCACGGGAUGGAUUCUAAGAAACACAUUGCUCUGCUAAAGAUACUAGAGGCAUGCAUCAAACGAGCUGAUGACAACAUCAGCUUCCGAUGGCUAGCAGAAAAGGAAACACGUAAAUGGCCCUAUUAUUAGCUUAUUAGUAGUACCAUGUUUAUAUAGAAAAAUGUAUCAUGGAAACCGUAGAACUCCCUUAAAUUUACCAUGGUACUUUGAUGGUUGCAAAGCUCACAUUCCAUGGUUAUCAUGGUUCUAACCACAAUUCUGUACCAUAGCUGUGUGAUAGAAUUAUCGUUCAGUACCAUGAUUUCAUGAAAUUAGCACGGUACAUGUUUUCACACUCUGUUGUGAACAAUUAAUUCAGAUAUUCAUCUUGGGGAGAAAACAAAUUACACAAUUGCAUAGGCCUAACGUGUUCUUAUGGUUGUAUUUGUAAUGAAAGACUGAAAUUUGAUUUGGUCGGGCUAUCUGGAUACCAGCUUGAGUCAUCUUGAAAAUAUUGAAAAAGAUUAGAUGAAUUCCCUUUGAUUAGUUGACCGAGCUAACGUUCCACCAUUAUUAAUAAGCCAUACAUUGUUGCGACAAAUGCAUAACCGGGCUAUCCCAAUCGCUUCAUAAAUACGCUUAGCACUAGACAAAUCUGUAUUCUAUGUAUACUUGCAUUGGUUUUUGUUUUUGUGUUUUCUUUUACUAUACAUCAUGUUUACAUACGAAGCUUGAACUAAACGAAAUGGCUGCAGUGAUAGAACUUUAUAAUACAUUUCUGAAUUGUUUACAUCCAAGAACCUACCUGUAAUAAUACAGUUGACUUGAAAAUGCACAUAAUUUACUUGUUCAUCGUGACUGUGCUACAUGUAUGUAGUACCAUUCAUUUACGCAUACUAUUCAUGAAAAUUAAUAUAAAUGCUGACAGCGAUGAUUGGAUGUCAUGCUUCAGCGCACUCUAUAAGAAUUCACAUCCAACUUUAUUACGCAGCCUUUGGAUUGCCUUGCAUAUACACAUUGUAUUGUAAGUUAUUUGUUACAGACUUGUUUGUCUGCAUCUCAGAUUGUUUCGCGUAUCAUAUUGAUAGAAGAACAUUGAAAAUUGAAAAUAUAUUAGUAUGACAUUCGUCGCUUUAGUCUAUCAUGCCUAAUUUGGAGCCCUACCAUCAAAAAAUAAUGUGGGCUAAAUAUUAAAAGUCUUUGGAAUUGAUGCCUAUUUUUUGUACAAUUUACACUACCGUCGCAUGUUUUGUUUUCUGUGUCCUUAACAACAUUCCUUGCCAAACUGCACUAAGUUAUUCAAAAAUAAUCUUGAAUUCAGCAUCUUAACUUUGAAAUAUCUUCAAAAAGAUGUUCAAAGAUUUGGAAAAAGUAAUCUUUUGUUUGAAUCAUGUCAAGGAUUAAUAAAAGUAGGAUUGUGGCUUAUCGUAUAAAAAAUGUAACUUUGCCAUCAAUAUCAUUUAUUUACUAAUAUGGCAACAUUAGUUAAAAGCCAAUCAAAUGAAGGUCUCCAGGAAAGUUACCGUUAUUGGCAAAGUUACCCAUCAAUACUAAGUUUUAUGCAAUAUGGGUACCAGCCCCAGAUGAUUCUACUACUACUAGCAGUAGUAGUACACCCACAAGUUUUGGGGUUUGACGAUCUAUGUAAUGAUAUGUUUGAGUUCAGAAAAAUCCUACUUAAAAUUGAACCCACCUUCAUUUGUUCAGCUUUUAGUUUUUCCAUUCUUUUCUCUGUCCUGGCUAGUUUUUGAACAUUGCAAAAAUGCUGGCACACCCACGAUGGCACGGGGCUUGAUGUGAAAUAUGACUAUAUCUUUUGUCCCUUCAGAGGGGUUAUUUCAGUUUGUUCUGAUUCUUAUUUUCAGGUUAAGAAAGGAGGGGG